GGUAAGUCCGACGAAGCGCCGCCGCCGCGGCCCGGCCCCGACGCGACCCGGCCGUCCCGACCUCGCGCCGCUCGGUGGCGCUCGGGGCCGGUGCCGCGCGCCGGGAUUCCCAGCCGAGUCUGUAUAGGCGCGCGCCGCGCAUCGGACCGCUCAGUACGCACUCUGCCGACCUGUGGUGAGGACUGCAGACGCUCCGGUGCAAGACGUGAAGUCUACAUUUGUGUUCACGAUACCUACCGGGUCAGCCGGUAACGGACUCGGUCAGCUGAACAACCAGUGUUUUGUAGUCAUGUCUAGGCGAGUAAGUGUAAACGGAAGAGGAGCGGUGCACGCGGUGGCUGACUGCGCCCCGCCACCUUCCCGCGGUACGGCUUUCUUCUCGGCACGCUCUCGGCACCUACCCGUCAAGACGUGCGAGUCGCCAGCGUCGCUGGACCAGAUUCUGGACAGCGGGUUCAUCUCGGGUCACCUGUCGCCGACCACUCCGCCUCCGGCCGGCUACCGGUACCCCAAGGAGGCGACGGCGCGUCCCAGUGACGCCGGGGAGGAGGCCAGCCGGCUGAGCGAGGAGCUGAGCGGCCUGCAGCUGGAGGAGGGCCGUCUGGACGCCGCCGACCGGGCACUCUGGGAGGAGCGCUACAUCACCGCCCUGGAGGAGGCCUUCCGAGGCGACGAGGACGGAGACACGCACCUUCACCUGGCCAUCAUCUACGGCUACGAGCGAGUGGCCGACUGCCUGGUGCGCCUGGUGCCGCACCCUGACUUCCUGAACCUGAGGAACAGUUACAUGCAGACGCCGCUGCACCUGGCGGCGCUGACGGGCCAGGCGGCUCUGUGUCGUCACCUGCUGGUGGCCGGCGCUGACGCCAGCCUCCGGGACCGGCACGGCAACACGCCUCUGCACGUGGCGUGCGCGCGCGGCGACCUGCUGGCCGCCCAGGCGCUCACCAGCACCGUGUCCAACGACGAGACGCGCGAGGCGGCGCUGCGCUACUCGCUGCCGCCCUCCCUCGCGCUGCCGCCGCUGGACGAGUGGAACUACCAGGGUCUGAGCUGCCUGCACCUGGCCGUGCUCACUGGCGACCGUCGCCUGGUGGCGCACCUGGUCUCCCAUGGCGCCAACGUCGCCUGCAUGGAGGGCAAGAGCGGCCGGACUCCCCUCCACCUGGCCGUCGAGGCGGGCAACAUCGUCAUGCUCGAGUUCCUGGCCACGAUGUGCAAGGCUGACGUGCGCGCCACCACGUACGGCGGUCUGAGUGGUUACCAGCUGGCGCUGCUGAACGCCCGGCUCGAUGUGGCCGAGGUACUGGAGUCGCUCGGAGCGGCGCCUGACGCCCUGCCAGAGUCGGAUAUGGAGCUCUCCGACUCCGAGCCCGAGAUGCUGCUGAAGGCUGAUCUCAGCGACGUCCGGAUAGGAGGCCUGCCACUGGUGGCGGCUCAGUGAGCGCUACCCUUGGCGAGGGCAGGAUUCACCGUCGCCGGGCGUCACUGACCGUCACCAGACGUCAUCGGUGCAUCGCCAGACCGUCAGCAGACGUCAUCGACCGUCACCAGACGUCAUCGUUACACCACCGACCGUCAGCAGGCGUCAGUACACCAUCGGCGCGGGCCUUACCACCAGCUGGCGCCACCAGCCACCCGCUCCGCCUCUGCCGUCCGUCCAUUCGUCACAGAGCUCGCCGAGCUGACUCGCCGAAGCUACCGAGUGAGGCACCGAGGAGAGUCCUGCACGUGCCGUCGGCCAGUGACCGGUCUCCGCCGACGCGUCGGACAAGCCCACUGCGGAUUCAGGCCAAAUGUGACGUCAUCAGCGAUGAUGCACGGCGCCGACCGCAACCAAAUGCGGAUUAUGCGGUUUCACCGCAUUAGAGUCGCUGGUUUUCUCUGGAGAAUGAACUCAGCAUUAGAAAGGAACACCGAACAAUCACAUUGCCACACGGCAUGUGAAUGUUAGAGGACACUGGUUGUUUUGGAUACUGUGGUUUCGUCAUCUGUUUGUAAACUGUAGCCACAUUACGCUACCUUUAGCUUACCAACUUGUUAUGUAGAAUGUGCACAUGGUUAUCCAAGCGAUAUAUAAUGUGUGUAUAUAAUGGUCGGAGGUUUGAGAUGGACGAACGUUUAUAUGUGUGUCUGCUAUCGCUGGGGUUUGCCAUCUCAGGCCGAUUUCGAUCUCAUUCUGAGCGGUUUGUAGCGUGUGUCGUAGUAUUCAUUUAUCACUCUCAUCGUGUAUUAUAUUCAUAGUCAUCAUCAUCUACAUUUAUUGUGAUUUCAUCUUUGUCAUGUUCUAAAUGACAGCAAAAACUUGCGAGUAAUCUAUUCGCUUGCUCGCUGUUUUGAUGGUGAUUGUUUCUAGUAAUGUAUGCCACAUAUAAUGUUAAUUAUUCAAGUAUAUGUCAAUUAUUUACUGCGUAAUAUAUUUGAUCGUAUUUC